AUGAAAUCUUCGACUCGGCUUGACUCAGUUGUUUUUCAGCUCACUCCCACUCGAACCCGGUGUGAUCUGUUGGUAACAGUUAAUGGAAAGACUGAGAAAAUAGCAACAGGGUUGCUUGAUCCUUUUCUUGCUCACUUGAAGACUGCACAAGAACAAGUAGCAAAAGGUGGAUACUCUAUUAUUCUUAAGCCUGAGGGUAGCGACAAUGCAGCUUGGUUCACUAAAGGAACAAUUGAAAGGUUUGUUCGAUUUGUGAGCAAUCCGGAAGUCCUAGAGCGUGUUUACACUUUAGAAACUGAGAUCAUACAGAUCAAGGAAGCAAUUGGAAUCCAGAACAACUGUGAAAUUGCCUUGACUGUUGUGGACGACGAAUUACGAGCAAAAAGAACAGAAAGUAUGGAAGGUAGCAGGCCUUUGUUACAGCUCAACGAGGAGAAAGCUAUUGUCCUUUACGAGCCUGAUUCACAUCCGAAGCAAGCAAAUGGUGCUGCUGCAUCAGACGAGAACUCUAAAGCUCAAGUUCUGAAAGUUCUGGAGACACGGAAGAUAGUGUUGCAGAAAGAACAAGGAAUGGCAUUUGCACGUGCUGCCGCAGCUGGUUUUGAGGCUGAUGAUAUGCUUCCUUUAAUAUCUUUUGCCAAAACUUUUGGAGCCUCACGUUUGAUGGAUGCUUGUAUAAAAUUCAUGGAAUUGUGGAAGAAAAAGCAUGAAACUGGCCAGUGGGUUGAAAUCGAAGCAGCAGAAGUAAUGGCAACAAAUCCAAACCUCUCUGCAAUGAAUGAUUCAGGAAUCAUGUUUGCUCAUAUGCGAAGGGACUCAUUGCCCGGGACUCCCGAAAAUAGUGAUGUCAAGUCUCCUCCAGAUAAUAAACCAAAUGUAAAUCAAGAAUAUGUGCAAGGACAGCAUCCGCAGCCGAUGUAUGCACCCUGGCCAGUUCAUUCUCCACCAGGUACCUUUCCUGUCUUCCAAGGAUACACAAUGCAAGGCGUGCCGUACUACCCGGGCUAUCCAGGAGCUAGUCCGUAUCAAUCUCCCUAUCCAUCUACCGAUGAUUCUAGACGUAGUUCUGGCCAGAGAAAGGCUCAGAAACAUCAUUCAUCUUGUAGCGAGGACUCCGAAUCAGAAGAUCAGGACAGAGGGAAAGGAAAAUCAGGUAGAAGAAGGAAGUCGGGGAAGGUGGUGAUUCGGAAUAUAAAUUACAUUAAAUCAAAAAAGCAAGAUCAUUCUGGAACAGAAUCUGAUGCUGAUGACAGUCAUGAAGAAGGGGCAAGAGGAGAUUGUGACAAUGGUAAAGAGAGAGCAACAGAAAAGACUGAGGCUGACACUGGAAACUGGCAGGCCUUUCAGACUUAUUUAUUGCAAGAUGCCGAUAGAGAUGAACGUACCGUUGACCAUACGAUGGAACAAGAGAUUUCAGGGAAAAAGAGGCAAGGUGCAGGGAAUUAUGAUCCUUUGGCUUAUGAUGAACGUGAAGCAGGAAAAUAUCAAGAAAGGGAUACAACCGACAUUCGGAAUGGAACUGUGACUCGUAGAAACAGGGGAUCUAGUGACUCUUUUAUGGUUAACCAGAGAGAAAAUGGUUUUGAGAAUUGUUCUGAUACUCUUAACUUGAAUGGGUUUGAUAAUCCAAGGAAUGGUCUGGACAAGAGAUCAUCAAUUAACAUGGAUGAUGAUUCUUAUAUUCGUCAGUCUGCAACGCUGGAUGAAGCUGGGCGCAAUAAACGUAAUGCUAUAGACAUGGGAUCAGAGAUAUCUUUGCGCCACCAAACUGAUGGAAAUGAAAGAAAGAAAGUCAAUUAUGAGCCUCAUGAUCUGAGCCUGAUGCCAGAACGGGAAACAAAGAAGUUAUCAGCUGGAUAUGAUCCUGCACUAGAUUUCGGAACCAAAGCUUUGAAGAAGAAUAAUCAAGCAAGUGGAGGUGCUAAGAAGUCAUUGAAAGAUCCAAAAUCAAGACUUUCUAAUGAUGCUGCAGAUAAGAGGAAGGCUUCAGGGCCAAUACGGAAAGGAAGACCCACAAAGAUGAGCCCUUUAGAUGAAGCUAGAGCACGUGCUGAUAAGCUUAGGAGUUUCAAAGCUGAUCUCAUGAAAAUGAAAAAGGAAAAGGAAGAGGAACAGAGGAAGCGCAUCGAAGCUCUGAAAAUAGAAAGGCAAAAGAGGAUUGCUUCGAAAAGCAAAUCAGCCGUAGGACAGUCACAGUUGUCUGCACAACAAACAAGAAAACCAAUACUAAACAAGUUUUCUCCUGGCGCUCUUAGAAGCUCUAAGUUUAGUGACUCAGAACCAGGAUCAUUAUCACCUCUUCAACGUCUUCCCGUAAGAUCUGCUUCUUUAGACUCUCAGAAAUUCCCUAAGAACGGUAAACUGAGUAAGUCAACAGUAAACAGGCUUACAAGGUCAAUAUCACCAUUACUUCCUUCUAAGAGAGAAAGCAUAGCAACAGGAAAUAGGGUAACAAGGUCGACGUCACCUUUACCUCUCUCUAAGAGAGAAAGCAGAGUUAGUCUAGAUACUCAGAACAAGUCGGUUUCAAAGACGAGACGAUUAUCAGAACCCAAAAUGGGUAAUAAAAGUGCACCAAGUUCUUCAGUGAGGUCACAGCGCACAAUAGCAUCCAAAAAAGUAUCUGAUGUUCCUGAGGUAAAGAAAAUAUCUGCCAUUGUUCACUAUGAUAUAGCCAAAAUUGCAUCUCUUCCGGAACUGAAGAUAAAACCACCCAAAGGUCCUACUAAUGUUCUGGUGAAAGGUGUCGAGAAAAUUAAGUCUUCAGCUUCUGAGGCUGAAACAAGUGGUAACAAGGACAAAUCAUUGUGCCAGAAGGAUGCUGAUGAAACUCCAGUGAUUGAGAAGACUGUGGUGAUGGUGUUGCCAAGUUCAGCUGGAAGUAUAAGCAGAGAUCAGAUAAAACACGAUAAGUCCGGUGUAGUGUCUAUUCCUUCUGAAGGAGUUGAUAAGGAAGGCAUUGACACAAUGCAUGAGAGUGGCAAUGAUCUAGUCCUAGUUAGAUUGGAGACUCUGAGUGACUUAGUAACAGAAACACCAAAGUUUCUGACAAGUCAUAGUGUUGUUGAGAAACCAUAUGAAGCUACGUAUGCUCGGGUUUCUUCAUUAGAAGAUCCAUGUUCAGUGUACUCAGAGCAUUCCCAAGCACCUCCACCAAGCGUACAUUCAAAUGAGACUGAGCAAGAAACUGUCAAAGUCCUUGUACCAGAGAAGAAGAUUAGUGAGGCUUCAGAGAAAUCUCAAACGAAGGAUCCAGCGUCAAAAGGGCUCAGAAAAUUACUGAAAUUUGGAAAAAAGAGUCAGACUUCGUCGACAAGUGAACACCAUACCGAGUCUAAUAAUGCAGCUGUCAAUAGCAACGAGGACCAUGACCCAGCUGUAACCGCUGCCUCGACAAGUGAAGCUUUUACACUGAAGAAUCUCAUAUCUCAAGAUGAAACACCUACAGCAGCAGCAGCUUCACAGAAAUCUUCUCGCCAUUUUUCGAUACUGUCUCCCUUCAAGAACAAGAAGACAGUAUCCUGA